GGAGGUAAUGCCACUGCCUUUAAAAUUAGAAGGAAGAUGCUUGUUGCGGAGCAGAACCUGCGUCAGCUCCGAGUCCUGUGGGAAGGGCCGCUAGCAGCCUUUCGCAUUUAUUUUUGCACAUUCUUUGCAUGUGCUGAGGCUGCUGACGGCCCUCGCUCCGCUCGCUCUCGGAGGGGCUCACGCCGCCCACCCCUGCCAUCUCCGACUGUCACUGGACAUUGCUACAUUGGUGGCUCUCGAGAGGGCAGGAAGGAGCUUAAUUCCAUCGCCUGGGAGCUGUCCCUGCCACAGGAGGAAAGCGAGCAUUCUCCUAAACGUUUAAUUGAACUCCGCCGGGAAUUUAAGAAAAAUGUGCCAGAGGGACUCAGAGAGAUGGUGGCCCCCGUGCUGAAAAGCUUCCAAGCCGAGGUGGUGGCCCUGAGUAAGAGAAGUCAGGAAGCAGAGGCAGCCCUCCUGAGUGUUUAUAAGCAAUUAAUCGAAGCGCCAGACGCUGUUCCUUCAUUUGAGGUGGCGCGGACUCUGGACGACAGACUGCAGCGCCCCAGCUUUGGCCCCAGUGGGCAGCGCCUGCAGGACGUGCACAUCCCUUGGAAGAGGUGCCCCGAGCCACCCAGCGUCAGAGAGCAGAACGAGGGGACGUGUCCCACUGGGCACACGCCAGCCAACGGCAGCCACCUGCCGGGUCCCCCUCACACCCUCCUGACAGACACCUUGCUGCAGAAGGAUGAGGCCGAGAGACAGAAGGGCCUCCAAGAAGUCCACGUCACCUUGGCAGCCAGGCUGGGGGAGGCAGAGGAGAAAAUCAAGGUGUUACAUUCAGCGUUAAAGGCCACACAGACGGAGCUGCUGGAGCUGAGGAGGAAAUACGAUGAGGAGGCUGCAUCCAAGGCAGACGAGGUUGGCCUGAUCAUGACGAACCUGGAGAAAGCCAACCAGCGAGCAGAGGCUGCCCAGCGGGAGGUGGAGAGCCUGCGGGAGCAGCUGGCGUCUGUCAACAGCUCCAUCGGCCUGGCUUGCUGUCCCGGGCAGGGAUCCAGCGGGGAGAAGGUGAGCUUCGCGCUGUGUUCAGGGCCUCGGCUGGAGGCGGCGCUGGCCUCCAAGGACAGAGAAAUCCUCAGGCUGCUGAAGGACGCCCAGCAGCUACGACACUCCUUGCAGGAGCUGGAGGAGGUCUCGGCCAACCAGAUCGCUGACCUGGAGCGGCAGCUAGCAGCCAAAUCUGAUGCCAUAGAGAAACUACAAGAAAAGCUCGAGGCCCAGGCUGACUAUGAAGAGAUUAAAACAGAGCUGAGCAUCUUAAGAGCCAUGAAGCUGGCCUCCAGCACCUGCAGCCUCCCACAGCCUUGCUUCCCGUCUCCUCAGGCCCUGACUAAGCCAGACGACCCGCUGCUCAUGGCCAAGGAGGCUUUCUUUCCCACGCAGAAGUUCCUGCUGGAGAAGCCAGCACUGCUGGCCAGCCCUGAGGAGGACCCCUCGGAGGAUGACUCUAUCAAGGGUUCACUGGGCACGGAGCCCUCCUACCCUCCUCAGCUUCCACCCCCACCAGGCCCGGAAGACCCGCUGUCUCCGAGUCCUGGGCAGCCCCUGCUGGGUUCCAGCCUGGGUCCUGAUGGGCCGAGGACUUUCUCAUUGUCCCCCUUCCCCAGCCUGGCAUCUGGGGAGAGGCUGGCUGGGGACCCGCUGCUGCCCAAGCACAUAAUGGGCCCGGCUGCCUUCAAAGGGGACGCGGGCAACCUGCUGGCAUUCCCGCCGGCCUUCUAUGGCGGUGCCAAGCCUCCAACGGCUCCCGCCACGUCGGCACUCGGCCCUGAGCCCACCGGGGCCCCGGAGCCUGUGGACGGGGCUGGGCCAGAGGAGGAGCAGCUGGACACGGCCGAGAUCGCCUUCCAGGUGAAGGAGCAGUUGCUGAAGCAUAACAUUGGCCAACGUGUGUUUGGCCACUAUGUGCUGGGACUGUCGCAGGGCUCGGUGAGCGAGAUCCUGGCACGGCCCAAGCCGUGGCGCAAGCUCACGGUGAAGGGUAAGGAGCCCUUCAUCAAGAUGAAGCAGUUCCUGUCGGACGAGCAGAACGUGUUGGCCCUGCGCACCAUCCAGGUGCGGCAGCGAGGCAGCAUCACCCCAAGAAUCCGCACACCUGAGACAGGCUCAGACGAGGCGAUUAAGAGUAUCCUGGAACAGGCCAAGAAGGAGAUCGAGUCUCAGAAGGGAGGUGAGCCCAAGAACUCCACAGCCUCUGUGAGCAUCUCCAACGGCACAGCCUCCUCCAGCACCUCAGAAGACGCCAUCAAGAACAUUCUGGAACAAGCCCGCCGAGAGAUGCAAGCCCAGCAGCAGGCCCUGCUGGAGAUGGAGUCGGGACCCAGGGGCCGCUCUGUGCCUCCCUCUCCUCCAGAGCGACCCUCACUGGCCACUGUGAGCCAGAAUGGGGCCCUGACCUGCGUGAAGCAGGAGGACCCUGGCGGCGGUGGCUGCAGCAGCAGCAGCAGCAGCAAUGCGCAGGCGCCGCUCGCUGUCCUGUCCCCGGCUGUGUUUGUGCAGCGGAUCAUCCGCAAGGUGAAGUCCGAGAUUGGUGAUGCCGGCUAUUUUGACCACCACUGGGCAUCGGACCGCGGCCUGCUCAACCGUCCCUACGCCUCCGUGUCGCCCUCCCUCUCCUCCUCUUCCUCCAGCUACUCCGGACAGCCCAAUGGGCGAGCCUGGCUCCGCGGGGAUGAGGCAGCCCUCGCCCCUGAGGACGAAGCAACCACGGGCGAGGAUGAGGCCCCCAGAGUGGGAGAACUCAAGGCCGAGGCCGGGGUCCCGGAGGUGGGUAGCGGGCGGCUGCCCUACUACCCGGCCUAUGUGCCUCGCACACUCAAGCCCACCGUGCCGCCCCUGACGCCUGAGCAGUACGAGCUGUACAUGUACCGGGAGGUGGACACGCAGGAGCUGACCCGCCAGGUCAAAGAGAAGCUGGCCAAGAACGGCAUCUGCCAGCGCAUCUUUGGGGAAAAGGUCCUGGGACUGUCCCAGGGCAGCGUGAGUGACAUGCUGUCACGGCCAAAGCCAUGGAGCAAGCUGACACAAAAGGGCCGAGAGCCCUUUAUCCGAAUGCAGCUGUGGCUGUCAGACCAGCUGGGCCAGGGCCAGGCCCCAACCCAGCAGCCCAGUGCCACGCAGGCCAGUCCCACUGAGCCGAGGUCCUCACCAUCACCUCCCCCAAGCCCCAUGGAGCCUGAAAAGACUUCCCAGGAGCCCCUGGGUCUGUCACUGGAAAGCAGCAAAGAGAACCAGCAGCCUGAGGGUCGGGCCAGCUCCUCCCUGGGUGGGAAACCCCUCUCAGGCAGCCAGGCUGCGGGGGGCAUCCAGGAGAUGGUGGCCAUGUCCCCAGAGCUGGACACAUACUCCAUCACCAAGAGGGUCAAGGAGGUCCUCACAGACAACAACCUAGGGCAGCGGUUGUUUGGUGAGAGCAUCCUGGGGCUGACACAGGGCUCCGUGUCAGACCUGCUGUCGAGGCCCAAGCCCUGGCACAAGCUGAGCCUGAAGGGUCGGGAGCCUUUCGUGCGCAUGCAGCUGUGGCUGAGCGACCCCCACAACGUGGAAAAGCUGCGGGACAUGAAGAAACUGGAGAAGAAAGCCUAUCUGAAGCGCCGCUACGGGCUCAUCAGCACAGGCUCUGACAGCGAGUCACCGGCCGUGCACUCAGAGUGCCCCAGCCCCUGUCAGCAGCCACAGGAGCUGAGCCUCAUGCAGGCCAAGAAGCCUCGAGUGGUGCUGGCGCCUGCGGAAAAGGAGGCGCUGCGGAGGGCCUACCAGCUGGAGCCUUACCCGUCACAGCAGACCAUAGAGCUGCUGUCAUUCCAGCUCAACCUCAAGACCAACACCGUCAUCAACUGGUUCCACAACUACAGGUCCAGGAUGCGGCGUGAGAUGCUGGUGGAGGAAACGCAGGAUGACCCAGACUUGGACCCAGGUGGGGGUCCUGGUGUCCUGGCACCAGGCCACGCCCACAUAGACCCCACCCCGCAGAGCCCUGGCUCAGAGGCUGAGGACCAAAAACCCCCAAUGAAGAGCCGGGAGCUGCAGGAAUCCGAGAGUCCUGCACCCCUGGCUGCCGCAGACAGGGCUCUGGUGAGGAUUAAACAGGAGGAGGAUACAGAGGUGGAGGAGGACAGCCAGCCCCUGGAUGUAGGGGAUCCAGACAGAGGACCAGGCAGCCCUAAAGAGGAGCAUACCCACCCUCUGGAGAGCAAUGAACUCCCAGAGCUGGCCCCUGGGCCGUUCCUUUCAGACACGCCCAACCCAGACUGCCCCUCCUUGCACACCCCCCAAGAAAAGGGGACUGGGGAGCAGGCUCACUCAGACCCUCUGAGUUUCAAGUCCACCUCGGAAUCCUCGUGCUGCAGCCUGGAGGGGCCACCGAACUCUCCCUCCGCCAUCUCUUCCCCAGGCCUCACGACAUGCGUGUCGCCCAUCCCCUCCUCCUCAGCCCCCAUCUCCCCAUCCCUACCCGGAGCCCCGCCUGCCAAAGUGCCGAGUGCCAGCCCCACUGCUGACACAGCUGCAGCCUUGCACCCCAGCACCAAGGUGAACCCCAACUUGCAGCGACGGCAUGAGAAAAUGGCCAACUUGAACAGUAUAAUCUACCGACUGGAGAGGGCUGCAAACCGGGAAGAGGCUCUGGAGUGGGAAUUCUGAACCAGGGGUGAGGGAUGCACCUCAGUGGUCACCUUCCCACCUUUCCUCCUUCCCUCUCCCAAAUGGGGUGGGGCCAGAGAGGCAAGAACUCAGCCAUGCAAAUGUGGACAGCAAUGUUAAGCCGUUUACGUUUAUUGUUGUAACAAUAGUUACCUGAAGUUGUGUGUGAGCAGAUACCACCACAUCUUCUCUUUGACAGCCCUGCUUAUAGGAGGCACUGGGAUCCUGCCCUCGUCCCCUCCCCCGUGGGAGGCAGGACCAAAACUGCACCACAUUCUCACCCCAAAACUCGGAACUCUUUUAGAAAAAUAAAGAAAUAUUUAUAGACCUCUUUCAGCUAUUUUAAUAAAGGAUCCUUUGGAAUUUAUCCCCAGCUGAUGCUGUUUUGAUAUUAAAGAGAGUUAUAAAAUCAGAUGCUGUCACCGCUGCUGUGGAGCAGAUACAGAAGCUGUGUCGGUUUUUUUUUUUGCCAUGAGAUGAGAUUAAAAGACAACUGUUCAAAGCCAUCACAAAGCACUCUAAGACGGACCAAAUUCAGAGAACCCUUGGACUGCGGGUUUGGUGUUUUGCUCCCCCCCCCAACGCCUGUCUGUGAGACACAGCACGCUGCUGCUGCCCUUCCGGAACCAGAGUUGCAAAGAGAAAGUCCAGAAGACUCUAAAUGAAAACCUCCGAGCUGUUGAGGGUGGGACCGUGCUGGCAGCCUCCAUGUCACGGGAGCUCCUGUCGCUGUGGAAAUUGCCGCCCUCAGCAAACGCAUGUGCUUCACAAAGACCUCCACUCCGAGAGUUAGAAACCAUCCCCGUAUAGACAGAGUGUUUCCAGAACCUUCAGAAAGCUGGGUGUGGGGAUACUCAAAGAGUGUUGCUUGUGUUGGUGACCUUGGCUCCCACCCUGAAUUGUGGCCACACUUGGAAGGUUUCUCCGAAGGUCUGAGCAAGGCCACCCUGAUCCAGAAAACCCUGUGGCUAUCACCUUCCUUCCUUGUUUCUAGAGAAGUGUUGGUUCACCGUAGCCCCCAAAGCUUAGCAGCCAGCUCCAAAUUUAGCUCUAUCCAUCCAGAAACCUCAACCCUGUUCCUCGCCAUCUCCUCAAGCUGACAUCACGACAUCUCCCUGCAAAGUGUCCAGGAGCCUCUGGAGCUGGGUGAGGUCGAGUUCACCACAACACGGCCACCAUAUCCUCACUUUUGGCCUAGUUUCCUACUCUCGACCCGCUUGGGAUCAAAGAGGUGACUCCCCCAACUCAGAAGCAACCUUCCUUCAACGUGUUGAUUGUGAUUUCCGGAGAGGGAGGUCCCGUGGGAUGCGAUGGCCUCCGUAUCGUAUCGGUUGCUGAGCUCCUCCUGCUUUUAUUCCUUUCUGUCCAAACUGGAGCUGAACUGGUGAUAGUGAUAAAUCUGUGGCCAUCUCGAGGGACAAAUGGCUCCUCAGUGCAGUGACUAUCUUCAAAUCACGUGAGCCAAAACAUUGACAACCAGAAACGGAAAAAAAACAUAGCAUAAUGUUCCGCAAUUUCUCACUCUCAUGCACCCAGCCAGGCUGCACACAGGAGACAUCCCAGGCCCUGGAAAAACCCCUUUUCCACACAUAACCCUGGCUAUGCAUCGAGAAGUUUUCCACUGUAUACAUUUUUAUCCAGAGGAGGGUAUUUUUAUAUUUUGACACUAGGGAAUCAUGAGUGAGUUUCCAGAAAAAAAUCCAUUCUGGGACAAAUGAAGCCUGUCUCGGCCUCUGCCACCUCCGUUGCCACGCACACCCACAGGGAGACCCUGCCACUUUGCAUCUUGAAACUACAUGUUGAGGUGAUCCACGCCGUACGUCAGUGCGAAUCAGCAGAGUUCACCGUGGCUUCAGUGUGACGGGACUUGGUGUGACCUUUGCACACAGAAACAUGUGCAGAAGCCCGCAGAUAGAUCUGUCCAGUUCACAUCCUACAAUGGUUAAAAACUAGAAAACACACACACACACACACACACACACACACACACAAAACUGUUUCUAUGAGAGAUUGAUGAACUUUGUCUAAAAUUUUACAAAAGGGACACGACACAUUCUGUAAACAUGUCCCUAAAUACAGAAUUGUAUAAUA